AAAAUGAAUACUCUCAGACCCAUCAUCAUCUCCUUCCUUAUCUUCUUCUCAUUCUCAUGCCUUGCAGUGAGUAGUACCCUAGAGACUUGCACAAAAGCCGUUUGCCAAAUCGGCGAGGCUGAGAUCCGUUUUCCGUUUAGGAUAGAUAAACGCCAGCCGCAGACUUGUGGCUUUCCCGGUUUUGAUCUGACCUGUGACAACACAUCUCAAACACUUCUUAAUCUUCCUUCUGGAGACUUCACCGUCCAGGGCAUAGACUAUGCCGAGCAAGAGAUAUGGCUCAACGAUCCAAACAACUGCCUCCCUAAACGGCUCCUCUCUCUGAACCUCACAAGCUCUCCGUUCCUUCCUGGGUUUACUGAAGACUUCACCUUUUUGAACUGCUCGCAGGACUUUUUGAAGUACAAACUAAACCCUAUUGCUUGCAUGAGUAGUCUUAACUACACAGUUUUUGCUACCAAUUCUGAGACGGUUAUAAGGUACUUGUCGACGUGCGAUAAGAUCGGAACUUUUCCUGUUCCGGUUGAGUGGUCGUUUCACCAGGUGGUUGUGUCGUCGGACCUCGACAAUCAUCUCCGGCUAAAGUGGGACCGGCCGGGGUGCGGCAGCUGCGAGGAGCGGGGUGGAAAGUGUGGCUACAAGACCAAUACUACUAGAGUUAUUUGCUCCAGGCUUUCUCAACGAGGAAUCCCAAGGGGGGCUCGCUAUGCUAUUACAGUGGGCGUUGGAGUGCCGGCAAUUUUGUGCCUUCUAGGGCUACUCUGUUGCAUGUGUGGCAGGAUCAAGACUUUGACAAUUAGACGCACAUCACUUCCGGAAUUUAAUUCAAUUGUAGCUCCACAACCCGCAAUUGUUAAGGGCCUCGAUGUGGCAACACUUGAUGCCUACCCAAAAAUAGUCCUCGGUGAAAGCCGGCGUCUACCGAAGCCCGACGAUCACACUUGCUCGAUAUGCUUAUCCGAUUACCGGCCGAAGGAGACGCUGAAGACCAUACCGGAGUGCAACCAUAGCUUUCAUGCUAACUGCAUCGAUGAAUGGCUUAAAUUGAAUGCUACUUGCCCUAUUUGUAGAAAAUCUCCAAAAUGACUCGUGACACAUUAGCAAUGUUAGCAUUUACUUUACCUCCCUCAAAAUUGUGCAUACUUAUUCUUAGAAGGAUUCAAUGAUUCAUCAUCUCCGUCGAAUCAAAUGGGACAAUUAAUUUGAUCAUUUUUUGGGCCUCA